CGCUCCGACUCGUGGAUAACGGUGUUGUGUUUUGUGUGUCCGAAUUCCUCAGCUCCAAUAUCAUUGUUAUCACAUCUCAGCAGGGGUUAGGUGAAGUCUUGACACUAAGUGCUUGCCUGCUGUUCCUAGUCCGGUGGCCCAGUGCUAUGGCAGCACCCACACAACGACGUCGUCCCAUCCCUCCUAGUAAGCCCAAGAUGUGGGUCGACCCUUGCGGCGUCGGACUGUCCCAGCCCCUAGACCACGACGGCACGGACUACCAUCAGCUGGACGAGAUGCUGACUGACCAACAGAUGCUGACCAAUGUACUACAGAUGGCACUCAACGCACUUACCUUCGUCGAUAGCUUUAAACAUGAAUACGUACAGGAUACGUUUCAACAGGAUUUCAUGAAGCACCACCACGAGUGGAAGAGCCACACGUACGAUUGGCUGCCUCCCAGUGAUUUUCCGGUCCCCAAAUCUCUGGGCAUCAAAAUUAACCAUUCCCAUCUUCAGAACAUCCAGAUGGACGUGUUCCUGAGGGACGCCUACCGCUACUUGCAGAUCAUGGCUGUGGCUCUGGAGCAGGUGGAGUGGGACAAAGGCAACAACGGCAACCCGGCCUACCAGGAGAACUUCAGAAAAGUGAUGCAGAGGCUACGCUUAGUACGUAUCUAUCCUGUGCUGUGUGAGGUACGCACCGCCAUGUUGGAACGUAAGGUGGCGUUCCACCCAGACGUAGACAGAGACAUCAUGAGGGACGAGUUUCGUGAUAUCGACAGCGACACCAAGCGUGACCUGCGCGACUGGAUCAUCUUCAGGGACUACAUGAUAGUGCUGGAGUACGUGAUUGAAGUGGCCAAGCAUUUCGUCGACAACCCCAACAGGAUCCCUCCAUCGUCUUGAAGGUCGUCCCUUCUUGGAGGACUGCGGUCGCGGCGUCUCCCUAUGAUCGUCUGAUCCCACUCUCCGUCCCUACACCCCAACGGUCACCCUUGUCCCCCAAGAAGGUACUCUGUACAGUCCCUGCUGAAGUACAACUGUAGUCGAUGUUAUGUUCUAUGUACAUAUUGUUGCUGUUUCAUUGUUAUCGCGCUAGAUUUAGCAUAAACUUCCUCGCUGCUGUAUCGCAAGUUAUUGUUACUGUGUAGACUUAUUUAUUGAUAUUGUUUUCAUUUUACCGCUUUUCUAUGCGAUAUUUAUUUAAGUGCCCCAAAAUGUAUUUAACAUCCGAUUGUAAUUGUUUAAAAAACACCGACCUUGGUAAAAUGUGUUAUUGUGUGACUCCUGCAGUUUAGUGGGUACUGCAGCAAAGGUUUGUAACUACUUAACUUAAGUUGGUUAUUUUGGUUCAAAUGUACUUGACAAAUAACAUGAAAUUUAUUCUAUUGAUGAUUAUAUUUUGAUGAUUGUUUGCUCUUAUUUUAAUUUCUAGAAUUGCUGCAGUAUGUUUGAGUUUUUAUGAAAAAACCAUUAUUUAAAAUGUUUGUUGAGUACUAGUUUGUAAGAUAUUUUGGAGGUAAUAAUAUUGAGAUUCAUAAAAUAAAUAUAUUGGUCCAAUGAGAAGAAUUCAUUGAAUUGACUUCAAUUUAAGAAGUAUGUUACUUAUGUAUGCCUACUAAAAACUAUUUAAACGAAAAGAUUUUGAAACAUAAAAAAAGUUUUUUUUCUCUUUAAAAAGUUGCCAUACAAUUAGAAUAUUUCAAGGUAUACAAUUUUCAUUAUAUUACUUUUUUGCAAGUGUCAAAGACAAAACCCCUUGAAGAUCCUUCCCUCUUGAAAAUGUUGAACAUGAUUUCGGAAUUACUGCUAGAUAGUUGUAUCACUUUAGAAUGUUACGGUGGUUAAAGUUUUAUGAUUGUUAAAAGUCCAUAGUUUGCUAUGGAGAUGUUCAUGUUAGCGUAAGGCUUUAUCUCUGUUAGACUCGCUUUCAACUGUUCAAGACUUAUAGAUAUGUUCCUUAUUGCUUUUGAUGUCUGUUAUUUUCAUAAGGUUUUCUCUAGUAAAGAUUACCAAAGUAUUUUUUGAAAACAACAGCAUAUGUUGUUUCUUAACUUUUAAUUUAUUGACUCUGGUUUAAUUUAGUAAUUUAUUUUUAUAGUUUUUUUAGCUCAGAACUGCAA